AUGGCCGUGGAAAUAGCAAACUCAGUAUUAUCGCUGCAGCCGAUGGCAAUUGAAACUGAAACCCCUCUCCAUUGGCAGCUCGAGGACUAUGCAUAUUUUCACAAAUGUGGCGAGAUUACAACCUCACCCGAUGUCCAAUGUUUUGGCUUCAAUUGUGCAUUCUGUCCGGCAAUUUGUCUGCAGCUGUCAGUCUUCAUCGACCACAUACGAACGCAGCACAUGCAGGAUAUGCGAAGGCGCUAUGAAAAUGCCGCUGCUGCUGCUGCCAGCGACGAGAAAAUCGAGCAAACCACACAAACCGAUUUAAAUCUAAUGAUAAUGAAUAUGGACACGAGCACAACGGGAGCAGCAGCAGGAACUACUCCUUUGACCACAACAAAUAAACGCUUGAAAAAAACAGCGAGCAAUUGGAAUGAGAAUGUGAAUGUGAAUGAGAAUACUGCACCCAUUUGGGACAUGGAAAUGGACAUGGCUCUGGAUUUGGUUAACAUUGCGCAGACAACAAGCAACAACUACAACAGCAGCAACAACAGCAACAAUGCCUGGCAAUUACAGCUUGGCAACACGGGAAUAACAGCAACAGCAACCACAGCUGAAAUUGAUUAUGUUUAUGUUAUGCAAAAUCCAUUGCCACCCUCGCCGCCACCCUCGACGGAUGAGCAGCGAAGUCCGCGACUGCUGCACUCGAUGGAUGCAUUUGAAUUGCUGCAUAGUUGCAUUAACUUGGCCAAUAAAUACAGACAACAACAACAGCAGCAACAACAAUUGCAACUACAAUUACAACAGCAACUGGAGGAGGAGAAUGUGCUGGAACUAACACCGCCAGCGACGCCGCCAACGCCGCUGCCCCCCACCUCGCCAACCAGCAGCGUUGCGAGCAGCGUCGACAUGAAGUUGCGCACGCGUCGCGAACUGGAGCGGAAUCGAGAGUUUGUUUGCUCCCUACUGGUGGCCUAUGAGCGCAACGAGAAACUCUGGAAUCCAAAACAUCCCGACUACAAAUACAAUGCCAAGCGAAGCGUCUACGGUGAAUUGGCGGCACCACUUCAGGCCGUCUUCCAGAUGCCCCUAACUGGUCCCGAAAUCUUUGCGGUGCUCAAGGAGCUACGUGGUCGCUAUCGUCGCGAGCUCAGCAAACUGAACUCGCUGGGUGGCAAGUACAAGUCGCGACUCUGGUACUUUGAAAAAAUGCACUUCUUGCGUGGCGUCAUCGAGCACAAGCGGGCCGAACGGGAGGCAAAGAGCGAGUCUACAGAGAGCGAGAAAUCGAGUGAUAAUGAAUCCACGACCAAAUCGGCUCAAUAUCGUGAGGUGCUCAGCUUCAUCAUUGACAGUUUCCGGCGACAGGAGAGUUUGUGGAAUCCGCAACAUUUUGACUACAACAAUUGCUCCAAGAAGGAGCUGUAUCGGGAGAUCUCGGCGGAGCUGUGCGAGGAGCUCAACUAUGAGUUGAGCGGCGAGGAGUGUUUCAAGGAGAUACAAAAGUUGCGGACUCGUUAUCGCAAGGAACUGCGCAUGGUGAUCAAGCACAAGGGUCUCUAUCUGCCAAAGCUUUGGUGUUACGAUGAUCUGGAGUUUCUUCACAAGAUACUGCAGGAGCAGAUCUUCAACAAGAUAAGCAAGAAGAAGGGCGUCGUGGAAACCAUUCAAAGGACUAAGUUCAUCAAUGCCAGCUGCAUUAGCUUUGACACCCCCGACGAUCAGCUGCAGUUUGUGGAGAUCUAUCGCAACUAUCCAGCUCUGUGGGAUGUGGAUCAUCCCGAUUUUCGCUCAAAUGCCUAUCGCAGUCAGGCUUUGGGUCAAAUGCUCGAGGAGCUCAACACAACAUUUCAAUGCUCAUAUACUCCUGCGCAGCUUGAAAAGACGCUGUUCGAGCUGCGCAAGGAUUACUCGGCACAAAAGCGUAAAAUUCUUACGAAUGCCUCCGGCUCGAGCAGUAUUCCGUUGCUGCACGCGAAAUUGGGUCAAUUUCUCGAACCGAAUCUCGGCCCCUUUCGCUGUGAUGUGUGCGGAGAGCUGAUCAAGACCUGUGAUCAGUACAAGGUGCAUCGUGCGGCUCACGAUGGUACCCAGCCAUUUAUAUGCACCCUGUGCGGCAAGGGAUUCCAAAUGCCAUGCAAUCUAACGGUGCAUAUCCGUCGACAUCGUCGGGACUUUCCCUAUGCGUGCGAACAAUGCGACAAGAGAUUCGCUACCUCUACCGAGGUGGCCAUACAUAUGCGCACCCAUACCGGGGAGCGUCCCUAUAUCUGUGAUCUGUGCGGCAAGUCCUUCAAGACGUGGUCCUUCUUCGAUAUUCAUCGGCGCACGCAUCUCAAUCAGUCCACGUUUCAUUGCCCCAUCUGCGAUAAGGGUUUCUAUGAGAAGAAUCGCUUCACCGAUCACAUGAAUGCCCACUUGAAUAUACGCAAGCAUUUGUGCACCGUCUGCGGCAAGACCUUUACCACCUAUGGCAACCUCAAGAAGCACACGGAACUGCAUUUGGCGGUUAAGAAGUACAAGUGUGCCACUUGCGGCAAGCGUUUUGCACAAUUCGCCAGUUUACGCUGGCAUCGGAAGCGUGAACACAAUUCGGAGCAGCAGCAACAGCAGCCCCGGCAAUUGGAGGAGGAGCUAGAGGUGAAUGUCGAUGAGGAGGAGGAGGAGGAGACGUAGAUUAGAUCAGCCAACAAAUAAUAAUCUAUCGCCAUCGAUAUUUACAAAACAAUUAAAUAGAAUUAGGUUUAUUUGAGCUACUUACUUGUAACCUGUGUACUUAUCAUAUCGUCUAUAUAUAUAUAUAUAUAUAUAUAUAUAUCAACAUUUACUUAAUUACCCACCAGUCGAAAGUACUUUGUGCCUAAUCGCUAAUCAAACGCUUAAUUUUCUAUUAAUAAGUGGAUGUUGUAAAUUACCCUAAUGAUAGUUGAGAGCAUUAGGUUUCCAAAAAAAAAAAUCACAUUUAAAUACAUUUUUUAAUGGGCUUGUAAAUAUAAUCCGCUCUUUAUCCAUAAAGCAUAUAUUUACUUAUUUGUCAACGCUUAAGGUCUUUUAGAUUAACGAUCUCAACAUUGUUAAGUGCAAAA